GUUCCUAUUUGUCCAGUCCAUGUUGAGAAACACGGCAAGCUUUUCUGUAAAGCCAAAAUCAAAGAUAACAUUGAUCUCCGGCUUCAGGAACCAAGACUCUCAUGCUGCCUUGUUUACACGAUGGAUGGUUAUGUCAUUUCAUCUGAAAUUAUUCCAAAUGAGCCAGAUAUUUAUCGCCCACCUGCGGAGUUAUACUCCUACCUCUCUAAUGUGGGAGAGGUUUAUGAAGACCAUAGAUGGAGCUACCACUCGGACCGUGUUCAGACGGACUUUGAAAACUCUCCAGCUAAUCACUUCACGGAGCUUCAGUGUGUCUCUCCUCCACAGCUGCUGCAGCCCUUCCGCUACAGCAGCGAGCCUCUCUCCCUCCACCCGGACCCGGUGCUCGGGCCGCUCUCUGUGUCACCACAAAUCCCGUACUACACCCCUACCCUGUGCUACCAGUACCAGCCGUCUGCAUCCCCCCUCCAGUACCGCUCAGAGGAGGAGCAGAGAGGACAGAGUCCCCCUCUUGAGGUAUCAGAGGGGGAGGAUGAGUAUGAAGGCCACAACCCCUCAUCCUUAAGGAGGGACACUAGUAACAAGAGGAAGAUGCGCUUGUACCAGUUCCUGCUGGAUUUGCUAAGAAACGGAGACAUGAGCGACAGCAUCUGGUGGGUGGACCAGGACAAGGGCAUCUUCCAGUUCUCCACAAAACACAAGGAAGCUCUCGCCAGCCACUGGGGCGUCCAGAAGGGCAACCGCAAAAAAAUGACCUACCAGAAGAUGGCUCGAGCUCUGCGGAACUACGGCAAGACUGGAGAGAUUAAAAAAGUAAAGAAGAAAUUGACAUAUCAGUUCAGUGGGGAGGUGCUCAGGAAACUCUACUCAGACAGCGGGCGUCAGUAUUCUCACUGAGGAGGCGACAGAGGUUAUCUCUCGCUGAGCUGAAGUUACCAAACCAACCAAGAUGACAUGUUCAUACAGUUUUGUUUACAACACUGUAUGUAUUAUUUAUUUUUGAAGCCCUUUAAUUCUGAUUUUCCAAUAAAUUUCCCCUCAAGUAGCUUCAAAGUUAGACUUCUUUUCUCAUAUUGUGCAACAGUGGCACAUAUAUUUUCUGUACCUGCUGGUUGCAACACUUCACUUCACUUACACUGAGUGAACUGUCCAAACUCAAGAUGCCAUUGUUUUAUGGCUGCACCAUCACAUCAAACAUCUCCAUGUCUCUAUGUCUCACUU